AUGGAAGUUGAUGAUACCCCAGAUAUGCUUGACAUAUCGGUUCCUCGAUACUUGCCAAUGAGCCAGGAGACAUUGAAAACAUUCAGUGCAAUGGUGAGUGCCAGAGAAGAUAACUUAGGGAGGAUAGAUUCUAUCUUGAGAAGUAUCAAACAAGAUAUAGAUAAGUAUGUGGAGUUCAUUAUAGGUGAGAAUAUGUUUGAAAAUAUCGGAUACACCAGAGAUUUUAUGAUCGUUAAUCUUCAAUCAUUGGAAAGAAUCCUUAUACUGAAAUAUGAACUUGAAAAUUGGAAAGCUAUUGCGUUCGAAAUCAGAAAUAACUUGAAUCAACAAAUACCUGAAGACCCUGCCACCCUUUCCAAUCUACAACAAUAUCAUGAUGCUAAUGACGAAACCCUUAAUGAAUUUAUACGACGUAGAGUCGAUGAAAUGAAGAAUUCUCCAGAGAAAGACAAGAAUAUCAGGGAAUAUGUCAACAAAAAUGAUCUAUAUCAGCUUUUAAAGAAUAUGGCAUUUGUAAUUGAAAAACCAACUGAUCCUUUACCUGAAGAGCAAGACGAUGACGACGUUGCCAUGGCAGGUGGUGUUAUAAGUUUGAAAGAUCCCAUGUCAUUACAUACUUUCAAAGAACCAGUUAAAUCCAAGAAAUGUGAUCACGUUUUCGAAAAGUCUGUCAUAGAAGAAUACUUACGUAAUGAAAUCAAGACGUGUCCUGUUGCUGGAUGUGAAGGGAGAUUAGCUAAAUUCGAUUUAAGGUCAGAUGAUUUGAUGCUUCUAAGAGUUAAAGUAUUUGAAGCCAAACAACAAGCAGAUGAUUUCGAAAUUGAAACUAUAUAA